GAGUAGCCUGGAGGGGACGGUGAAGUGGCAGAGGAGGGUGCCGGGCGGGAGGGCCUGGACGACGCGGAUUCCCUUGAGGACGAAGGCGUCGUAGAACCCCGAGGGCAGGCUGGGCAGCUGCUCCGCCUCCGCCGGGGAGGUCUCCUCCAGCAGCCGCCGCGCCGUCAACAACGACUUGUCGUGCGAGCCGGAGGCCAUCACGAAUUCCCCUCCCCCUUUCUCUACCCCCAAUUUCUUCUUGCGUUGCCUGCUGGCCUCGUUGAGGACGAGCGACGGAGAGAGAGGGAGAAGACGCCCUCCGCCCUUUUACGCUUUCAAAGGCUACUCACGUAAUAAGCAGCGACCCAGAUGGCGGCGGCGGCGGCGGCGGCUGAGAUCAGGAUGGCUGCCGUCUUCGGCGAGGCCAGGCCAGAGAACGGCGACCACGACGCCGAUGCUCUACCGCGCCGCCCCGUGCUCUUCCACGCCCACGCCCACUCCCAGGGCCCCCUCCGCGUCGUCGCCACCGACCUCCGCUCCCUCGCCUGGCACUGCUCCCUCGACCUCGACGACCUCCAAGACCUUCAAGAUGACGUUGGCAUCGGUGGCUCCUGCUCCGACUUCCUCGACUACCUCUUUUCUUCCUUUUCCUCCGCCCAAGUCAAGCUCGUCUUCCCUGCCUCCCAAGGUGCUGAUACUGCUCAGCUUGUGGCUACCAAGGCAAAGGGGCUACCUCGCAUCACAAUCUCUCUCCAUCCUGUUGCUACCUCUGCGCUCAAAGAUGUCAUUGCCGAUUUCUCCCUUGCGCUUUAUGCGUCUUACAAGACUAAGCAGGAACAUGCAUCCAGAGAACAAGAACGAGUUUCGCGGCUCAUGGAAAGUCUAGCAUCUGAAAGACAAAAAAACGAGGUGAUGCAGAAACAACUUGAAGCCCUUUCGUUCCUUGACAAAAGGAAGGCAACAAAGCCAAAAGUGGUGGCUGAUCAGGUUCCAAGUGUAUCCGGUGCACCUCUAAGCUCUGAUCAAGUUAUUGUUCCUGCGCAGCAGCAAACAUCAGUGGCUUCGCCUAGCAAAGUUCCUCCUGCUAAAGCUACAAAGCGGGUGGCCCAUGUGUCUAGGAGGACAAGGGUACGAGGAGCUUUGUUGCAAGACGCUGAUGAAAAUGAUGAUGGCAAUAGUUAGUUAGAUAUUGCUGACUUAUUACUGUCGUUGAUUAACUCUUUGGCAUGUAAACAUGUACCAUUUAGGUGAGAAUUAGUUUUGUGGUAUGUCAAACUUGUAGUCUUCUACGGUUCUGCUGCUCUACAUGAGAUAGAUAGCUUGAUUUGGUGGCGACUGCUGUUGCCCUCCAAGUUUAUGUGUAUGUGUAUCUGCUGUACCAGUUUGCAGAGCUUAUACAUCGUAUCUGGCGCGGGUAAUAGCACAUUUUUUUUGAAACUAAUGUAAUAGCACAUUUUUUAAAACUAAGGUGAUAGCACAUUUGAAUUAUUUGAUCA